ACCAGAAGGGUAGUGCGGACUCCUCAGAAGGAACUAUCUCGGGACCUACUCGAAAACUACGGUUCGGUUUCUCUGAGACCGGUCGCUAAUAUCUCUCAAUCCAUCCAAGUCUACUUCCGGAUACUCAUCGCUCAAGUCAUUAGUUUUAACGAGAUGGAACAACGAAUAACUAUCAAUGGAUGGAGAAAGUUGCAAUGGAGGGAUGAAUUCCUCGGAUGGGACAAAGAGACGUAUGACGGUAUUGAUUCACUGGAAGUAUCACCUGACAAAAUAUGGCUACCUGAUAUCAAACUCUACGAAAACAUUGACAAGGACUUCCAGAGCGAAGACGCCGUCAAUGCCCUCGUGACCAAUGACGGUAUGGUCACGUGGUACACCCCGAUGGUCAUCAGUAGUUCGUGUAAGAUCAACGUCCGCUACUUCCCGUUCGAUGUCCAGACCUGCACACUGACCUUUGGUUCCUGGGCUUAUACCAUCGACUCGCUCAACCUCAAUUAUUCUGAUGAUGCAACCCAGAACGUCUUUCUUAACAACGGCGUGUGGGACCUGCGCAAGAUCCACUUGGAACGCAUCACGGCCAAGUACGACUGCUGUCCAUUCCCUUACAGCUCUGUAAAGAUUGAUCUCUUCCUGGAACGUCGGUACGAGUUUUACCUCUUCAACAUGGUGGUGCCUUGCGUCAUGCUCUCCGCCAUUAACGCUUUGGUGUUCCUUGUUCCGCCGGAGUCCGGGGAAAAGAUCUCCUUCUCCGUGGCCAAUCUCCUGGCGUCCAUCCUGUUCCAGCAGCUGAUCGGGGAACUCAUGCCACCGCUUGGUGAUGAGAUUCCGCUACUUGGUAUGUUUUUCCUGUACAUGGUGGGAAUGAGCUGCGUGGCCCUGGGGGCAAGUGUCCUCAUACUGCGCAUGUUUCAUCGCCUGGGAGAAGAGCCUGUCCCGAGGUAUCUGAAACGCAUAUUCCUCCGUCGCGCCUCUGUCUCGCUUUCCUUCAAGCGCGCAAGCGUUGCAAUCAAGAAGACGCGCACCAACAGACUCAGCUCCAACGGAGACGACGGCUACAGGCGCGGCAGCAACCUCAGCUCGACCAUCAUCAAGGAAAACGCCAACGACACAAACUCCAAAAUGGCGGACGAGUCGUCCUACCCGCUGCAUCCGAAGAACGACGUGAACUCGACGUCGAAACUGAGCAUACACCGUCAAGGGUUCGGUGACGAUUACGAAAGCGAGUCUUCGACGUUGAAGCGGGAAGUUAUUCGGCAAGAAUGGAUGACAGUGGCUAGGAAACUGGAUAAAACUCUAGGAGCCCUGGUGGCUGGAUCAACGUUGCUUGUCAUCACUCUCAUCUUUAUCCUCUUUGUGUUCAGAGGAUGAUCUGUCACGUGACUGCAUGGUCACGUGACUGGAGAUCUAUUGAUAAACGAUGUAUGUUUAAAUAUGAUUGGACAUGUUUUCCUUCAAAUGAAUAGUAUCGUCUGGAGCCACAAGGGCUUUAGCUCAUAUACAUUGGCUCAUGCAUGCAGAGUUAACGUCCCUGUGAGUCCAAAACAGACGAUUGGUUGAAUUUCAUGUCAUUUAUCUAGAAAAAAUAUCUCAUUCAUUAUAAUAUAUCAUAAUAAAAUACAGUUGACCCUCUUUUGAAGGUCACAUAGGUAAAGUGACUUUUGAGGAUAGAUUGCCUUUACAGGCAGACAAGUUUAACCACAAAAUAUUCCCAAAAAAGAAAAACGGUGAGAUAAUAUAGGUGCAUUAUAAAUAGGAUGCUUAUUGGAGUCAAGUCACAAGUUUGACAAAUUUGACUGUACCAAUCGCAUUAACUAUAUAUGGUUGACAACAUUAGUGCAAUGCAUCUCUCUUGCCAUCUUUACUUCAGAGCGAUCGUAAAAAUUAUAUAUAGAUACAUAUACAGACACGGACGAAAUUAUUUUACCGAUGUAUAUUUCACUCGAAAGUGUCCAUACCAUUUCGAAUCAAUUUUGCAUCAUGGCUUAACACACAUUAUUAAUAUCAUGUGUAAGUAUUUUUUUCUUCUACGUUAUAGAUAUAAAUUAUUUAGAUUUGUGUGACUAUUUUUUUUUUUUUACAUGGAGAGACAGUAAUAGAUUAUUAUGAGUAUGUUUAUAAUGACAAAAAGUACUUUUCAUAAAUCUGUUUAGUCUUUUUUUAAUACAAAAAUAUAACAUAUGUGUAAAGUGAAAUAUCUAUAUAACUAUGUUAAUACUAUGCCUUGCUAAAUGAAAGCUUCUAGCUCAUUAUAUGCUAAUUAUCUCGUCGUUGAAUAUUUCAAGACGUGGCUAAUAAUCGGAUGAUUCGUUUCGAUACCUCAGCCACACCCACACAGGGGCACUGUUUCACGCAACUGUCACAAGUAUAAGUUCGCCCACAUCCUAGUAUUACUGCUAAUUUCGAAUUUCGGUGGAAUGUCGACGUACAACUUGCGCUUUACGGUUUCGUGAAACGCUACCCAGACCGGUUCUAGGACACCUACCCACUGGAGAUCCACCCCUGAAUAACCACCCCCGUCAACUACCCCUAGGACAACUACCCCCUAGGACAACUAUCCCUAGGGCAACCCCCCUGUAGGACGACUACCCCCUGG